AUGGUUUUGGGAAUAAGAACUAAGAGUAGAAAAACUGUUUCGAAUUCAAUCCAAGUUCAUUACAUUAUCCAUGUUUAUGAGAUCAAACCAUGGCCACCUUCACAAUCACUCAGGUCUGUUCAAUCUCUGCAUUUGCAAUGGCAAAACGGUGACCAAAACUCCGGCUCUAUACCCUCCUCCAGUGUUGGCAAUGGGAAAAUCGAGUUUAAUGAACCUUUCAAGCUUUCGGUAUCCAUGUCGAAGAAGGGAAAGAAACGCGAAAGUUUUAAGAAAAAUAUUUUGGAGUUUCAGUUGUAUGAUAGGACAGUGAAGAGCCAGCUUAUAGGAUCAGCCACUGUGGAUUUUGCAGAUUUUGGAAUUAUUAAGGAAGCUAAAGCUAUAUGUUUUCAGUUGAAUUGUAAGAAGAGUUUCAAAAGCUCGGUGCAACCAAUGAUGUAUGUUAGUUUUCAGCCAUUUGAUGUAGAGUGUUCGAGCUCAUCACGUAGCAGCAGCUUCUCGAAAGAAUUGUCAACGGAGAGGGAGUCUGUGUCACAGUCAAUUAAGGAUGAUGAUGAUGAUGACGAUGAUGACAAGGGCAAUGGUGAUAAUGAUGAUCUUGAAAUUGCCGCUUUUACUGAUGAUGAAACUGAUGACAUUGCUUCAAAUAAUUUGCAAACUACCACAUCGGCUUCGAAGGAAAUAAGAGGCAGUGGGGAAAUUGGUGAAGGAGGAACAAAGGGAGCUAAUGGAGAACGUAUUCUACCCUCAGAAAUUAUUACUUCUAGCUUACACGUAAACACAAAGGCUGGAUCACCCUCACAUAUCAAUGACAACAAAUCUCUCUCUUCGUCUUCUGUUCUACGUUCGGGUGUCGAAAAUGUUGAAAAUAGUAGCCCUUCCUCGCCUAAAAUUUCUAAGAGAAGUGUCAAGGUUGCUGAUGCAAGUUCUGAAAUUCAAGAAAGGAUUCAACAAUCUCCCUCUUCGUCUCUGGUUCUACGGCCGGGUAUCGGAAAUGUUGAAAAUGGUAGGCCUUCUUUACCAGAAAUUGUUAAGAGAAGUGUCAAGGUUGCUGAUACAAGUUCUGAAAUUCAAGAAAGGAUUCAACAAUCUCUCUCUUCGUCUCCGGUUCUACACUCGGGCAUCGGAAAUGUUGAAAAUGGUAGGCCUUCUUUACCAGAAAUUUCUAAGAGAAGUGUCAAGCUUGCUGAUGCAAGUUCUGAAAAUCAAGAAAGGAUUCAACAAUCUCCCUCUUUGUCUCCGGUUCUACGCCCGGGUAUUGGAAAUGUUGAAAAUGGUAGGCCUUCUUUACCAGAAAUUUCUAAGAGAAGUGUCAAGCUUGCUGAUGCAAGUUCUGAAAAUCAAGAAAGGAUUCAACAAUCUCCCUCUUUGUCUCCGGUUCUACGCCCGGGUAUUGGAAAUGUUGAAAAUGGUAGGCCUUCUUCACCUAAAAUUUCUAAGAGAAGUGUCAAGGUUGCUGAUGCAAGUUCUGAAAUUCAAGAAAGGAUUCAACAAUCUCCCUCUUUGUCUCCGGUUCUACGCCCGGGUAUUGGAAAUGUUGAAAAUGGUAGGCCUUCUUCACCUAAAAUUUCUAAGAGAAGUGUCAAGGUUGCUGAUGCAAGUUCUGAAAUUCAAGAAAGGAUUCAACAAUCCCGUUGGCAAGAUAUUUCUGUUGAUAGGUUCAAAGCCAUAUCUCCAUCUUCAAACAUUUCAUCAAGUAUGAGACCACACUUUGAAACAUCUUCCCAAUCUCAAGUGCUUCCAGAGGAUAGUGUAAGCCACAAAGAUAACACAGAAAACAGGCGAUAUAAAGAAUAUGCUCCCAAGAAAGUUGGCAGUGUUACAAACACUGGUGUGAUGGAGGACAAAUUGAAAAAGGACGAGGGAAGAAAAGGACGAGAACAUUUUACUAUGAGUAAUGGAAAUUUUGAAAAUGUGCUUGACAAUAAUUUUUUAGAUAAUGAAUCUACAAGAACAGAAAAAUUAAAUAGUGAUUCUCUUCUGCUAAGUAAAAAAUCACACGAACAACCAACAAUUUUUGUGACAAAUGAGAAAUCAGAGGAUAUGAGAAGUAAAAAGCUUCCUUUAAUAACUACCGAGAGCUAUGGGCAGUUUAUCAGGAGUCAGAAUCUAGAUCAGGAAGAGAAAAUAAAUACUUCUAAUGUUGUUCAUGCUGCUGCUGCUUGUCAUAAAGAUAUUAAUGUGAAUGGUAGUUCUUUUAUUGAUAAUUCUGAAUUGAAGGCCGAAGUUGAACGGCUUCGUGAAGAGCUGAGAGAAGCUGCUGCUCUUGAAGCUUCAAUGUACUCAGUUAUUGCUGAACAUGGCUCAUCAAACAAGGUUCAUGCACCUGCCCGGCGCUUGUCUAGAUUCUAUUUCUAUGCUCGCAGAGUUGGCUCCCCUGCUAAAAUAACUAGUGCUGCCCAGAGCGUUGUCUCGGGAUUUGUUUUGGUUUCUAAAGCAUGUGGAAAUGAUGUUCCAAGGUUGACAUUCUGGUUCUCAAACCUACUAUUGCUAAGAGCAAUUGUGAGCAAAGGAGUUGAAAAUAAAGACCUUGGUAAUGGUCCGUGGCUCAAUGGUGAAUGUAAUGUAAAUGGUUCCACUUCUCAUGACAAAGAAAAAGAAAAUAAAGAAGAACAAUUUCAUGGCUGGCUGGAGCCAGAGACAUUUUUAGUUGCAUUGGAAAAGGUCGAAGCAUGGAUGUUCUCUCGAAUUAUUGAGUCAGUGUGGUGGCAGACUCUGACGCCAUACAUGCAAUCUGCAGCAGCUAAGAGCUCUAGCUCUAGGAAAAACUAUGGUAAGAGAUAUACCAUUGGCGAUCAAGAUCAAGGAAACUUUUCUAUUGAUUUAUGGAAAAGAGCUUUCAAGGGUGCGUGUGAAAGGCUUUGUCCUCUUCGAGGUGGAGGGCUUGAGUGUGGCUGCUUGCAUGUGAUAUCUAGAAUGGUGAUGGAACAAUUGGUUAAUAGACUCGAUGUUGCGAUGUUCAAUGCUAUUCUUCGGGAAUCAGCCGAUGAAAUGCCCACCGAUCCUAUAUCUGACCCUAUUAGUGAUUCUAAGGUUCUUCCUAUUGCAUCUGGAAAAUCAGGCUUUGGUGCUGGUGCGCAACUAAAGAAUGCUGUUGGUGACUGGUCAAGAUGGCUUUCAGAUUUGUUUGGCAUUGAUGACUGCGACGACUCUCAUGACGAUAACAAUGAGAAUGAUGACAUAAAAUGUGAAUCUUCCUUCAAACCUUUCCCUCUCCUGAACACGCUGAGUGAUCUAAUGAUGCUUCCUUUCGAAAUGCUUGCAGACAGAUCUAUGAGAAGAGAGGUAUGUCCUAGAUUAGGCAUAUCAUUGGUAAAACAGGUCAUCAACAAUUUUGUCCCCGAUGAGUUCACCCCUGGACCUGUCCCAAAUGCUGUUAUCGAGGCCUUGAACAAUGAGGAUAUUGCAGAUGAUGAAGGGUCCAUCACAAGCUUUCCAUGCAGUGCUGGUUCCACAUUCUACGCACCUCCCCCAACUUCUUCAGUUGUGAGCAUGCUAAAAGAAGUGGGAACCCCUAGAUUAAAAAGUGCAUCAUUUAUGCUUAAAAAGUUAUACACAAGCGACGAUGAACUUGACGAAUUAGAUUCACCACUUUCUGCUCUUGGCAUGGAUGACUCUAAGAAAAUGUCUGCAGUAGUAAAGGAAGGACGUAAGGUUGUCCGAUAUGAACUUUUGAAAGAAGUAUGGAAGAGUAGUGAAUGA